AAAAUGAUCAUUUUACGUGACGACGCAAAGUGGUUGUAUGGAAGUAUGUUGCCAUGGCAAUUGCUGGUCGGAAAUAGGUCACAAGUGUUUGGCUAGUAAAGUUUACCGAGAAGCGACCGUGUUAUUUGCUGCCAAUGAAACACCAGAAGAAGAAGAAGACCGUGUUAUUUUAGAACUAACCCUUGGAGAGGCUACUGCUGGUUUUGUUGUUUUACUAGGUAACGAAAGCAAGUCUUAUGGAGUUCCGAACAUUGAGCUCAACCCGCUAGUCCCCUCGAACGGACGGUGGAGGCAGGCGGAAGCAGUGGGGGACAUGGCAACGGGAGGACCUGUAGAUGAUCCUGUAGAAGAGCUUCACAACUGGACUGUAACUAAUGGCAGUCUGGAAGAUAGACUCAACAACAUGGACUGGGGUAUACAGCAGAAGAAACCCAAUCGAUCUUCAGAAAACAAGAAAAAGCUGUCUGCCUCAGUGGUGGAGAGCCGUCUGACUAAUGACAUUUCACCAGAGUCCACCCCAGGAGCCGGCCGCAGGAAAACACGCACUCCUCAUUCCUUCCCUCACAUCAAAUACUCUACUCAGAUGUCUGUCCCAGAGCAGGCUGAGCUGGAUAAGCUGCGUCAGAGAAUAAAUUUUACAGAUCUGGAUGAGAGGAGCAUCGGAAGCGACUCUCAGGGGCGCGUCACGGCUGCUAACAACCAGCGUCAGCUAGCUGGAGAGAACAGAAAGCCCCACAACUACCUACCUCUCCAUGUAAACACUAACAAAAGCAAAGAGCCACUCCUUCCCUCGGCCUCUGCCCCAACCACCCCUGCUAUCACCAAGGAGAUCAAGAAGCAGAGCCCUGGUUUCAGGGAUUUGUUGACCCUAGCGACUCCUGUGAGAGACUCUUCGAGGCUCGCCCACAGUGAUUCAGAGCAAGGCCUCCUGUUGCAGAGAGAGCAUGUGAGAGGAGAGCCGAGAUUAGACAGCAGUCAGGUGGUGAGCAAGCUGGUCCAGAUCCGAGACUACAUCAGCAAGGCCAGGUCCAUGAGGGACUAUCUGGUGGAAAAGAACGAUGUGCCAGCCAAUGUGGAGCGACUCUCUCUUCUCAUCGAACAUCUCAAAGAGCAGGAGAAGUCCUAUUUACGGUUCUUGCAGACGAUGCUUGCUCAGCAGAAUGAUGGUGAUGGAGCGACCCUGGUCGCUGCAGUCGGCUCCGGAUCGUUAGAGAGCGCUUCUCUUAACGCAGAGGUCCGUUCGUUAGACACUUCAAACACAACAGGUGACAGGCCAGAAGCUGUGUGUGCUGAUCAGAGGGAGGAGUUGGAGAACCUACGUAAGCAGCACGAGCUGCUGAAGAAGAUGCUUGAGCAGCAAGAACAGCUCAGGGCCCUGCAGGGCCGGCAGGAAGCACUAAUGGCCAUGCAACGCAGUGCAGAACAUGCACUUGCUGUGAUUGAAGACGCUGUUGUCACAGAAACUACUAACAGUGUUUCCGGCCUGAGCGUAACAUCAGAACUGAAUGAUGAGUUAAAUGAGUUGAUCCAGCGUUUCCACAAACAGCUACAUGACUCUCAGACCAAAGCAGUGCCAGAUAACCGUCACCAGGCACGGAGUCUUUCCCUCUCCAGAGAAGUUGGCUGGCCCAGAACCCCCCACGUUGUUGGUCCACCUCAACACCGGCCCCUCCUUCACUCUGCGUCUGGCCCGCACACCGGUCUAGACACGGACACUACUGCAGCCAGCGCCAAACUCACUAAGCUACAAGAACUCCAAGACAAAAAGCAAACAAUGGACAAGAUUCUACGAGAGUUGCAUUCACUCAGAGACCAGACACUAAACAAUAACUCAUGCCGUGGCUUGUCAGCACUUUGCAGUUCAAGUAUGGAAGGAUCUUCAGAUUGUCCAUCUGUCCUCUGCUCUAAUGGAGCCAUGGCGUCCACUUCCUUUCAGCCUUUGCCCACACAACGGCAGGAUGGCUCGAGCUCCAACAAGCUUCGGAAGCUAAAGGAGGUCCAUAAGCGUCUGAAUGAGCUGAGAGAACUGGUUCAGUACUAUGAGCAGACUUCUGACAUGAUGGUGGAUGCCGUCAAUGAAAAUGUGAAAGAGGUUGACGAUGAGGAGGAGGAGGAUGAGACUGAGGAUGGAUCUAUGUUUGAAACUAUUUUUGACUCAGAGCAAGAGAAUCGUCAGCAUUUAACCAACAUCAGAAACCCACAGCGCAGCAGGAACUGGGCAGACCUGAACAGCCUGACUAACGGCCGCAGCGUCAGGGCUAGUACGACCAACAAUCGCAAUGGCCGACUCAACACCGAGUGCGAGAUCAACAAUCGGACAGCAGCUAACCUCCGCAGCCUCAACGUCGCCACACCCAUAGAGUGCCAGUACAACAGGGACCAACCCUAUGAUCAGGGGAAGGAUGAAGAUGAGGAGGACGAUUAUGUUGAUAACGAUGAAGGGGCACAGGCUCUGGUUCCAGACAGUGUGUCAGAGUCCAGCCGAAGGAGCAGCCUCGGGAAUGAUGCAGAACUUACUCCGAAGCUUCAUCGACAAACGGCAAAGCAAAAACUCAGGCAGCUGCAGGAGCUGGUGGCCAUGGUUCAGAGUGAUGACACAGAUGGAACAACAGCUAAUGAGGAUGAAGCUUUGCACCAACAGCCAAAUAAUACCAGAGCUCCGAUAUCCGGGACGCCGGUGGACCACUCCAAAAAAAGUCCCAGAGAUGUCGCCCGCUCCAGCAAGGCCAGGGAGAAGCUGUAUGAGGAGAAGCUGCGUCAGCAGAAGCAGGAGCUGAAGCAGCUGCACGAAGAACGCCAGCGACUCAUCGAAAUCCAAGGCAAGAUCCAGGACCUGCAGUGGGCCUGCCCUGACCUUCAGUCAUCUGUGUCCAGCACCGUUAGCCAGCAGGGUUUACUGAGGACGGCUCCUGUUGCAGUCUCCAGCCCCGCCCCCAUCAAGGCUGUUUCAUCCUCGGGACCCAAAACCAACUUGGCUGUGCUCAAAGCCACCGCUGCAGAGGCAGCUUCUUCCUCUGUCAAUGAUAAUGAGCAGCUUUGGUCAGAAAUGCGUCGUGGGCAGAUGUUGCGGGAGGAUCUGAGACAGCGCAGGAUGCACCUGGAGUCAUUGAUGGCUGAACAGCAGAGGCGUAGUGGUCUCUGCGACUCACCGUGUCAGGCUGAAGACCAGGAGGACAAUUCUGUACAGCCUCUCAACAGAGAUGAAAGAACAAUGGCCACCUGGGGUUCCAGUUCAGACCACCUUGAUGAUGACGAUGAAAACGCUGAUGAUGAGUAUCGCUCAGAAAUCUGUGCUGAGGAGGAAGAGGAGCAGGAAGAGUGUACCGAGAGCAGCUCUGAUGAUGACGUGCAUGUCUUCUCACCAGGCAUGAACCAGUGUUCCCACUGUAACAGGAAGAACCAAGGAAGCAAUCUGAAGCCUCCAGCAGCCUUCUCAGGUGAGAGCUGUGACCACCUUCACAACAAGACUCAGGUGAAGCAGCAGUCCAGGCCCUCGAACCAGUCACCCAGCCAACAUGGAAGCAUACGUCGACAGGAGAACCUGCGCUGGCCUUCUGAGCUCUCCUUUGUUGAUGGUACUCACCACUUCCAGGAGCAAAUCAGCCAACUGCAGAAACAGCUGGACUUCAGCACCAGCAUGUGUCAGACUCUCCUGCAGGACCAGCAGACACUAUCCUACAUGCUGCAAACUCUCCUGACUGGUCAGAACAGUCUGUUACCCAACAACCUGUCAUCCCCACAAGUCCAACUGGUCAUGCAUCAGCUGAACCAGUGCUACACCCAGCUGGCCUGGCAGCAAAAUAACGUACAGAGACUCAAGCAGGUCUUGAAUGACCUGAUCCACCAGCAGCAGUCUUCAGCAGCCGGCUGGCAGACCCAGAAGCGCGUCUCGGCUCACGAGUCCAGCCCCGGGCCCUCGGCGUCCCCUGGUGUCUUCCACCCGUACUCCUCUACUCUGCAUCCCUCAGCUAUCAACACGAUGAGCCCUGCCUUGUCUCCAUUCCCUCCCAGUUUUAACUUGCACACACCGUUCCCCACUGCGACAGGCGAUUCCUUUCAGGGCGCGGCUGGUCCAGCUGCUCCAGAGUGUCAGAAGCUGCAGCUAGAUCCCAACACGUCGGUUCAAUUGGAGUACAUGAGUUUCCCUCCGCCGCUGCAGCGCUCUCCUCUCAACACAGCGACAGAGAGAGGACCUGCUGUCCGACUUAACACUUCCUACACAAAGAACAUAACUCGGCAUCACGCGCCUAAAAUGGAGCUUUCAGAGUCUCCCACUUCCUCUCCCGUUUUUGCCAAACGUCACUCAAGACAGAGAGCGUUUGACAAGGAGUCUCAGGGAAGCUUCAGCAGUAUUCCUGACCCUGUUGAUUCCACCACAGUCACAAAGGCUUUCAAGGCUGGGUGCAAAGCCUCGGCACAAGCCAACCUGGCCUCUCGGAGCAAGACUCCCAAGAAUCGACGCCGCAGGAGCAAAGGCCACAAGAACAUGGAAGGCCCCGACAGUGAAAGUGUGAGCAGCAGUGCAGACUUUGCCCAGGAGAGGGCAGCCAUGUCUCAUCACAGAGAGCAGAAUCAGAGACUGUUGGAAAAACUGACUCAAGAAAAACUGGACAGCAAAGCAAAACUCGGGAACAAAAGAAACGACCUCUCCUCCGCCUAUGCUUGGAGAACACCCUUCCUCUCUAACAGAAUUGCAUGCACAGAAGCACCAGAUGCGAGCAGCGACUUCUCGCUGUUCGAAGCACUGAGGGAGACCAUUUACUCUGAGGUGGCCUCUUUGAUUUCCCAGAACGAGUCGAGGCCUCACUUUCUCAUCGAGCUCUUUCAUGAGCUGCAGCUGCUCAACACGGACUAUUUGAGACAGAGAGCUCUCUUUUGUCUGCAGGACUUGGUGACGAAGCACCUGGCCAUGAGGAGUGCAGCGGAGGAGCCGUUGCCCUCCCUCGGCCCUGCUGUGUGGACAGCAGGCUCUCAGUCUGAGCUGACACCCAGCCAGAGUCUGGUUACAAGUGAUGAAGAGGUGGUGGAGAAGAACUUGAGGCACGUUCAGGAGUUAAAGAGGAAGGGUGAUACUGAAUCUGUGGAUAAUGACAGCAACAUGUCCACCUCCUCCAUCCUGGAGCCUUUUGCCAACGAUGACCUGGGCAACACGGUGAUUCAUUUUGGCAAUGUGGUGAGGAUUAGGGAGUAUGAGCGCAUGAAGCUUAAAGCCGGGUUUAAUCACUGCAACGCCAGCGCUGCAGGUGUGAACACUUCUGAGGCUUCAAACGCUGAACGUGCUUCUGCCAACCCCGCUGAACCGGUAGAAGGAGCUGCAGCUGGAGAUGUGCACUGCCCUCAGAUCGACACCCAGCAGCUGGAUCGUCAGAUCAAAGCCAUCAUGACUGAAGUCAUUCCCUUUCUUAAGGAGAACAUGAACGAGGUGUGUUCCCACCAGCUGCUAACAUCUGUGCGGCGCAUGGUCCUCACUCUUACACAGCAAAAUGAUGACAGCAAGGAGUUUGUCCGCUUUUUCCACAAACAGCUGGGGGGCAUUCUGCAGGAGUCUCUCAGUAAAUUUGAGGGUCGUACUCUGAAGGACUGUGGCGAGGAUCUGUUGGUGGAGAUUUCAGAGAUCCUCUUCAAUGAGCUGGCCUUCUUUAAGCUCAUGCAGGAUCUGGACAGCAGCAGCUGUGGCAGCACCCCUGCUGCAAGACAAAGACACCAGACGGAAAAGCCCAGCAAGACGAAUCACAUUUCACAGGAAAAUGCAGAAGGUGGCACAGAGAAGUCGAUUUCUCCAGCAACUGACGAUGAAGAUAAGGACCAGGAUGAAGCAGAGAAGGAGGGGAGCGCCACCAUCCAGGAGCAUUUCCUGCAGAUGGAGUUGAAGAGCAGCGACGCCUCAGAAAUGGAGGAGGAGGAAGACGAAGGGCAAAGUCAAGGAGCACCCCUGUCGAUUAACCUUUCUAAGGCAGAGACCCAGGCUCUGACUGACUACGGUAGUGGGGAGGACGAGAAUGACGAGGAGGAGAUGGAGGAGUUUGAAGCCGGACCCGUAGACGUCCAAACAUCCUUGCAGGUUUCUGCUGAUGGACAAGUAGAGCAGAAUAUGGCUACAAACAGCAGUGAAAUUCGGGAGAUAGAACCUGAGCAGAACUAUAACGAGAUAAACAAGUCAGAGGAGGCUGUUGUGGAUUCCACUUUGGAGGAGCAUCCAGAUGUGGAGCGCCAGAAUCCUGAGGAGGACAGUGAAUUAGAGGUGGCUGCUGCUACAGAGGAACCUCCUGCAGGGGGUCCAGAUGUCCCUAAGGAGUCGGUGACUACUAGCAGCCCCGACACAGACUCGCCUGUUCUUGUCAGUGUGGAUGAGAUGGGAUCAGGAAACACGAGCCAAAGGUCUGAUGAAGAAGACUUCGUCAAGGUGGAUGACCUACCGCUGCAGCUGACAGUCAUGUGUGAGGAACAGCUCCAGAAGAGGAUCGUGGAGGAGCAGCAGAAUAAUAACCUCUCUGUGGAGAUCCUUAAUGGGAACCCUGAGUUAGCCACAGGGCUGGUUGGAAACGCUCAGAUGCUGAAGGAACCAGAGACCACUAGUGCCCAGAUCGUGUAGAGGUCAACGCAGACCUGUUUUUAGUAACAGUAUUUAGAUCCUCAGUUAUAACUGUUAAUUUGUUUUAUGCUGAUUUUAAAAGAGCAAAGUUACUUGACAGUCACGGAUUAGCUGUGGCAGUCAGAUGCACAGACAAACUCUCAACCUUUAGUUGAUUUUUGUUCAUUUAUGUGAUUCCCUGAUCCGGUUUGGGGUCGUUUUCUCCUGCUGCUGAUGGACAGAUAAGCCUCUGCCACCAAAUCUCUUGUUCAAAUCUGGCUUUGUCUUCUUAGUUGUAGGAUUAGUUUGACACAGUUUUUAAAAUGUUUUGUUUGUCUUUGCCUGGCCUCAUUGUUGCUCAUCUUAUUUGCAUUAGAUUCCUCAUUAUAAAGAGAUUACAGGAAGAUGAAUGUUCAGCCAGGAGGACCAAAAAGCCGCUGUUCCAGGAAAUGUGUAAAAUGUGUGGAGGGGUAAUUAUUCUCAUGAUGUAGUUCAUAGCUCUUUCUAGAAGUUAAAAGCUUCUGUUCCUCAAAAUAUUCUCCUUGAACUCGUAUCUUAUUGUAUUUUUCUGCUUUUCUUCUCAUAAUAAAACUGAAGUUAAGAAGA